AUUUGUCUCGAAUUUUAGCGACUGAUACUUUUGCUUCACCAACAACGAAUAAUAAAAAAUGAACUCAGUGAUAGAAACGGUGAAGAAGAAUCCUCAGGUGAAAUCUAUAGCGAUCACAGGCGUUUUGAUGUCACUUACAAAAGUCAUAGACUUCUCAAAACCAUACUUAUUGUUGCCCUUGCGUAUCGCUUAUGCAGCUGUAACAUUGCUUCAGAUCGGAUUAUUUUACUACACGAGAACCAUCAUCCAAAAGAAGAAUGACUUGACUGUAAUGAAAUAUGUUGAGCCAGCUACUCCAAUUUCAGGCCGCGAGCAUGCGAAAUUCAUUGCUACAACGGUUCGUGAAUACGAUUUGAAUAAACUAUUAGCUAGCUUUAAACAAAUGCUUGUGACAAUCGGCACCACAAUGUUUAUGCAUUUAUAUAUGGGAUACGCCCCUCCCUUAUUGUUCCAACUUGUCUCAGCCGUCCGAGGUUUCCUUGAUGAAAAUGAGAUGAAAAUUCAUAUCCUCAAUAAACCUGCUACUGACGACCUUAAACGUCCUUUCAAGUCUGCAGGUUUAUUAGCAAGCUAUGGACAGGUAUUGACUGACAAAAGAAGCGUCGAUGAUGCCGAAGUGACGAAGUUGAAAGCUACUUAAUAAUUCCUUUGCUAAAUCGGAUUGCCAAAGAAUGUUGAUUUGUAUAAUUCUCUCUGAUAUCGUAGCCUCUCUUUUAUUUUCCUUUAAACAAAAUUUCUAUACCUUGGUAUAAUUCUUCCCUUAAUAAUAUAUGUCAUAAAUAUCUCUAUAAGAAACCU